AUGCGAGGAAAGAGGUCAAAACAGUACCGGAAGCUCAUGGAGCAAUUCUCCCAGACUUUCGGCUUCCGCGAACCGUAUCAGGUCUUGGUCGACGCCGAGAUGAUCCAAGAUUCUUCCCGAUGCAAGAUGGACCUCGAGCCUGCUCUGUCAAGAACCGUCCAUGGCAAGGUCAAGCCUAUGGUGACGCAGUGUGAGAUGCGCAAACUCUACGCUACGAAAAACGAAGCUUUCAUAAACCUAGGCCAGACCCUGGAGCGCCGCCGGUGCGGUCACCAUCCCAACGAGUACCCUGAGCCGCUGAGCACCCAAGAAUGCCUUCGAUCAGUCGUCGACCCCAAGGACACAAACCAAAACAAGCAUCGUUAUGUGGUCGCCAGCCAGGAUCAGGAAGUGCGAAGGAUGCUACGAGGAAUUAGAGGCGUUCCUCUCAUUUAUAUUAAGAGAAGUGUCAUGAUUCUUGAGCCAAUGGCCGACGAGAGUGUUCAGGUCCGAGCAAAGGAAGAGAGGGCCAAGUUCCGAGCAGAGAUCAAGAGCUCAGUCGGCAAGCGAAAGCGAGAUGACGACGAUGAUGAUGACAAGGCCAACAAGAAGGAUGCCGGUACUACAGAAGAUCAAAAGAAGAAGAAAAAGAAGGGAUACGGAACUAAAGGGCCCAAUCCUCUGGCAGUCCAAAAAGCGAAGAAGACAAAGACGGAUGGGCAGCAGCCACGAAAGAAGGAAUCCUCCGAGGCGAAUGAGGACCAACAAGAAGGCGCCGGCAAGCGAAAGAGACGGAGACGGAACAAGACCUCUGAGACAGAGGACCAAGGCGAAGUGAAUAAUGCUACUACCGCUGAGGUGACCAUGGCAGACGAUUAG